CGCUGUUACAUGUCAACUGUCAAACACACCUAACCUCACAAACCAAACUUAGUGUGUGUUUUCACGAUGAUAACGCCGCGAUUUAAGCUAACACAAACCGAAUCAACCGUCACAAUACAAAUCCGAGCCCCGUACUGUAAUUUAGGCGAGUUGGAGGUGACCGUCGACGACGACAUCUUCAUUUUCUACACCAGCCCCUAUUACCUGCGCUUACACCUGCCCGGGCGCCUCGUCGAGGACAAUUUCAGCGAGAGUUCGUUCGAUUCGGACUCGGGACAGUUCAGUUUCACGAUAAAGAAGGCAAUCGACGGGGAACAUUUCCCCGAUUUGGACCUGAUAACGAAACUAUUGACCCCCAAAGUCGAAGUCACCGAAGACAACCGCAAAAUUACUAUCGUGGCCAAUGAGGGAAUCAAAUCCCCGGACGAGCUGAACGAAGAGUUUGGGUUCGCACUCUGCGGCAAGGAAAACUUCAACCAUGUCUCGGCCGAAUUCAAGGACGUGUUUGAGGUCGACCCUCGCGAAGUCAAUUUGGGGCAAAGGCACAAAAUGCGGGUGCAGUUCGAGCAAGGCAAGUUCAAUAUCGAUCACUACUUGAGCGACUACAUCGAAAACGAGGAAAUUUUGGAACUGAUCGCGCUGGAAGCGCCUUGGGACAAGUUAAAGUCGGAUGAUGUUCAGUUCAGCGACCAGGAACUGGACUUCCUUAAGGAUUUACCGAACAAAACGUACAACUUGAGCGAGACACAAGUCAAUUAUUGCCACUGUUGUCUCGUUGAUAUUUUAUACGCGUAUUGUUACGACCGACGGACGACCCAAUUUGAGGGCACCUCUGAGUCGGGUUGGACCAUUGUCAAGUUAGCCGCGACGUUUUGCUGGCUUGAUGUUUUCCAAACGCCUAAGGAUGCCCUAGUUAGUGCAUUCCGGCGGAGUGUCAUUUACCCGCUUUACCGGAAUUUCGAACUUAACCGAACCGUUUUAACCGAUUUGAGGAAACUACUCGAUUUGGGCGAAAAAUAUAUAAUCAAGUGUUUGAUUGAAAUGUACCACAUUUUUUUGACUGGCGAUUGUUGCCGUUACAUUCUUAACAAUUUGUUCAUUAAGGAUUAUAUCAUUUACAUCAUGAAGUGGGACAGGACGAAGUGGAGAGAAGUCGUUGAAGAAAUUAAACAAGUGACGAUCGAGAAGAGUGACCUUGGAUUGAAUCUCCAAGAAAUCGAAGACGACGUUUGUCGUAAUUUGGACUUGAACAAUUUGCAAAUCAGAGAUGAUGAUUCGGACGACUUUAGUGAUACUUCGAGUGACGAUAGUUCAACCGAAUCUGAUUAAUUCUAUUGUCAAUAAAUUAGUGACUCACC